CCUUCUGGUCCAGACGUGUUCCACACCUGAGUAAUACGACCUUUGCAUCAAAAUCUGAUCCGCACUUGCCCGCCAUGUUGAAAUAUUCGUUGAUCGCUUUGCUGCUGUGCUCACUGGCACUAGUCAGCAUCAGCGCACAACAGGUAGAGCCUUUGCAGGAGGUUAUUGAGAAAACCGUAUACAGCAGCAAACGAUCAUUGCCAAUGGACUUGGAGCCUAGAGAGCUUCGCUAUGCACCUCCGAUUGAUGAUGAUGAGGUUAUUGAGAAAACCGUAUACAGCAGCAAACGGUCUUUGCCAACGGACUUGGAGCCUAGACAGCAUCGCGAUAUGUUCUGGCCGCCAACGGAAGACGAUCGAGCUCAGAUUGAUGCUGAUGAGGUUAUUGAGAAAACCGUAUACAGCAGCAAACGAGCUUUGCCAACUUACUUGGAGCCUAGAGAGCGUCGCGAUAUGUUCUGGCCGCCAACGGAAGACGAUCGAGCUCAGAUUGAUGCUGAUGAGGUUAUUGAGAAAACCGUAUACAGCAGCAAACGGUCUUUGCCAAUGGACUUGGAGCCUAGAGAGCUUCGCUAUGCACCUCCGAUUGAUGAUGAGGUCGAGAAGAGCUAGAGCCUUCCUUGACAAUUGUCUCCACAUGAAAGAUGAGCGACAGUCAACUAAGUGGAACUUCCGAAACCAGAAAACAACUCGUCUUUGCUUUUAGGUCGAAGACUCUGGUCUUGUGGACUGUCUCUUGAGCCAAUGACAAAAAAUGUUUUGCACCAUAUGUUACUGAAGUAAAACAUUGAAGAAAUUA